AAGCACGCCUACUUGAAAAGAACCCAUUUAGCUAUGUGAUUGGCUAAGAGAAGACGUGUGCUGAGUGUGUGGGAGAGCGAGAGAGAGUGGAGUGAGAGCGUGUGUGUGUGUGUGUGUAUGAGAAGGGGAGAGAGGACAUCACAGAAUUGGAGGUCACUUAAAGAGCAGAAAGAAAAAAAAAAUAUGAUGCACUGACGAUGCUCACCAGAAGAGGGCGGCAGAUUCAAAUAUGACGUAUAAAUUGGACUCGUUCAGCCCCAAACAAGGAUUCACCUGUGAAAGGUCAAACAGUGGACUUCCAGAUACAUUUUCAGUAACAAUUCUAACACAAUGCUAUCCACCUAAAAAUGAUCGAAUAUCCCCAUUAAGAUACGCUUGCUAAUGCUCUCCUGCUUAUGUACACUGAUUCAAUAUCAAAAUGUGGUAUCAGAUAGGAUUAGGUGUGAUUCUCUCCUUCCUCAUCUUGCUAACUGUGUGUGGAAAUGUGCUGGUGUGUCUGGCUGUUUGUGCAACCAGGCGCAUGCGCAGCGUCACCAACUGCUUUAUCGUGUCACUUGCCAUCACUGACCUACUGCUUGGAGCUCUAGUCCUCCCUUUCUCCACUCUCAUUGAGGUAACUGGGGAUUGGCCACUGGGAGCUCACUUCUGCAACAUCUACAUUUCAAUGGACGUCAUGUUGAGCACUGCUUCUAUUCUUAACCUCCUGGCCAUUAGCAUAGACCGCUACAUUGCAGUCACGGUGCCGUUACGAUACCCUACGCUGGUGCUUCCCUGGCAUGUUGGCACCUCAUUAGCAGUAAUCUGGCUGGUGUCCAUUGGUGUCUCGUUUGUUCCCAUACACCUGGGCUGGAACACAGUGGACCAAACGGUGCAGAAUCAUGGUAAGGACGACCCUGCUGGAGACUGCCGCUUUGAGCUAAAUCCCACAUAUGUGCUAGUGGAUUCAGUAGCGACGUUUUAUCUCCCCCUAGUGGCAAUGUGCUGGACUUAUUACCGAGUGUUCCGCAUUGCACGGGCCCAGGCAAAGAAAAUCCUUUCCGUACACCGAUCUUGCUCUUCAACUGCCAUGUCUUCAUUAUCGGGAGUGUCAGUGUUGGCACUACGUGAACACAAAGCUGCAGUGAGAUUAGCGGUCGUGCUGGGAGCUUUUGUAGUUUGCUGGUUUCCAUAUUUUACAUUUUUUACCAUUAUGGGUAUACGAAAGGAAACAGAUCCUCCACGCACACCAUACUCAGUGGUGCUAUGGCUAGGCUACGCUAACUCUACGCUAAACCCGUUCCUUUAUGCCGCACUCAACAGAGAUUUUAGGUCUGCUUAUGGCAGACUGUUAUGUGGCUGGAGGGGUGUUAACACACCAGCAGGAACGCCUACUACUGUGCUAGAGGCAGGGCUGUUGAAUGGACUCACACCUUCCAGCAGCAGGACAGAGUUUAUACCUGGAUCCUGUGUCAUGCUGCAGGACAUGAGCAAAGGAAACAGGGAUGGGAGCAACGGGACAUCUCUCAGCAUCGUCACUGUCCUGUCCAAUGGCCACAAGCAGAGCUUAAUCUUUUGAGCAAAUCCGGAAGCUGUCUCUAUUUCUUCCCAGUUUCUUACGGCCCUCCACUGUGAAGCAGGAGGGGUUGUCUGCCAAAGUCUGAUGAAACAUUUGGUCCUCUGAAAGCUCUGCGGAGACAAAAGCUCUGAAGAAAGACUUUCUUUUGAGUCUGACUGGACCAGCUGAAAUAAAACAUAAAUAAUAAUAAUAAAAAAAAAGGUUGGUGGGCUACUGGAAAAAAAAUACUUGAAGAAAGUGCAUCUGACUGUAACCAGACAAGGCCUGGCUGUUGCUGCCACAAGGACAGAGACUGUAAGACACUAACAGAGUGUUUCGUCCUGUUUCGUGCUGCCCUCUACAGGCCAGUGGGGGAAUUACAACAAAAAUGUGAAUAAUAUAUGAAGACUGAAAAAUUAUAUAUAAUUAUAAUUAUGAUUAUUAUUAUAAUUAUAAUAUAAUAUUAUAAAGAAAUAUAUAUAACGUGUUGUAUGACAGUGAAUAAAAAAAUCAAUUAAAAAAUCAAUCACAUAUAUUAUAUUUUGCCUUUGCCUUUUAAACUGAAUACUUGUGCUGUUUUUCUAAACUAAAAUGUGAAAUUGUACAUCAGCUGUGUUUUAAUCAGUGUAUGAUGUGUUAUUAGCUAAACCUACAUUCUGUAUAAAGCCGUAUGAGCAUAACAGCUCAAUUUUUUUUUUUACAAAUAUAUAGAGUACUGUGCAAAGCAAAGCUACACUACAACAAUUAAAAUAUUAACUCAAAAGGCUCUUGAUAUUUUAUCAGCCAUUUGGUAUGUUGCUGAAUAUGGUCUCUUAGUGAACAAAAGAAAAUACAAAAUCUGUAAAAGAUUAUUUUGAAAAAGGUAACAUUUGGAUCUAUUUGAUUUCUGUUCUUGAAUUAUGUAUUCGAAAGUUGUCUCAAAAUGUUCUCUGUAUUUUAUAUUUUCUGUAUUUUAUAUUUUCAAAAUACUCACAUGAUUUGACUGUGUUUGAUAUGUAAACUAAUCUUUUGGUGGAUUUUAGAGCAGGCACUAACUAAAAAGUCUAUCGGUUCAUUUUCUUAACGGUUCUCUUCACUUUGCAAAAAAUAAGCCAUAUUUUAAGAAGGUCUCUUAUUAUAAUUUUUGCUAGCUGGCUAGUUGACUAGCUGGAUGCUUGCAAGCAAUGAAAGUUGCUAUGAUGGUAAACUCUAAAAUAAAUAACAUGAAAAUAUAAAGGUUAAUAUUUUAGAUAAUAUUAUUAUGAUGAUAAUUCAUCAGAUCACUAGAGUGGUUUUUGAAGAACUAGCAUUAGUCAGCUAUCAGAAAUCAGAAUUCUAGCAUUAUUGUUAUUACAGACUGAAGUGGCACCAAAUAUCUUCUCUAUUCUUAUAAAAUAUUUUUUUUGUAUUAUAAAAUUUAAAAAUAAUGAUUUUUCUUUUUUUUGUUGUUGUUGAUAGUAUUUUGUAGAUUUGUGUCACAUUUAUAUCUGAGGUGUUUCUUGUAGUCCUGACUUUGACCAUAAGAUGACAAAAAUGUUGCUAUUCCUAUGAUAGAAAAGGAUAAGGAUUUUCUGUGGAACUUCUUCAGCUUUUGGAAGUUACAAAUCCAUUGUUUUCUCUCAGUGGCACAUUGACAUCUCUAUGCCAUUCCAUUAUAUCUGUUCAUGUUUGUUUUUUUCUAUCUCACUGCCUCACACCUCUCUCCUUUCUCUCCAUCUCUUUCUGUGUGAUGACCCACCCAACAUUAAAACCAUUCAUCACUGCCUCUUUACCAUCAAAUUAUCAAAGACACACACACACACACACACACACACACACACACACACACACAUACACACACAAAGACAUUCUUCAAUAACACAGAUAUUUAAUGGGCUCUCCAAAGCUAUCCAUCAUCACCAUUUGUCAUCAAAAUAUCAAGAAAAUAAAUGUGGUGGAUGCAGACACAUGCAGGACACAUAACCACACACACACACACACACACACACACACACACACAUUCACACACAAAUAUAUAUAUACAAAUACUAAUUCCAGCACGUCUUGCCCUCAGGUGAUAUUCUUCAACAAAAAAGUUGGAGGAAAAAAGGGGAGAUAAUGAAAGGACAGUGGAAACGGUGUGUGAGGGGGAAAAACAAAGCAGAACUGGAAGAAAAGAUCAGAAAGAGAGACAAUCAGCAUAUUGUAUGGCAGCAAUCAGAGGGUGUGAGCAGGAGGAAAGACACACAUGCAGUUAAAUCACUGAUUAUAGAAAAGAAUGAAAGAAAAGUGUCCAUGUGAGUGCUUAUAUACACAUUUUACAUUGAUUGCAGUCACUUCCUGAAUGAAACAGCACCAACAACAGCAGCCAAUUUCAAGAUUUUACAGUUUAUUUCUUUCCAAACUCUCAGGUCUAGUAGAUAUCAAUUUCUUUGCAGAGUAUUUAUUAUACUCAGGACAUUUAAAUGACUGCAGAUCUCAAUGAGAAUGUAAAGUGAACUGAACAAAAAAGUGAUAUAUAUAAAUAAUAUAAUGAAUAAAUGAUAUAAAACUUCUUAUAUAAUUACUUCUAAUUUAUAUUUGGAAUUUAAAUGUAGCAAUUUUAAUUUCUAAAUUUUUAUAUUUUUCAUUUUUGUUCAUUUGUCUUUCGACUGAGAUUUGUCUCUUGUUUUUUUCUUUAUAUGUGAAAACAUUAUUUU